GAAUCUACAAGCUGCCAUCGGAGCCUACUACGAUUUCGAGAGCCCAAACAUCAAUGUCCCCUCCAUGUCCUUUGUGGAAGACGUCACCAUAGGAGAAGGAGAGUCCAUCCCUCCUGAUACUCAGUUUACAAAAACGUGGAGGAUACAGAACACAGGGACGGAAGCGUGGCCCCCGGGGGUCUGCCUCAAGUAUGUCGGGGGAGACCAGUUUGGGCACGUGAACAUGGUGAUGGUGAGGUCCCUGGAGCCGCAGGAGAUGGCCGACGUCAGCGUCCAGAUGUGCAGCCCCAGCACGGCCGGGAUGUACCAGGGACAGUGGCGGAUGUGCACUGCCACCGGGCUCUACUACGGAG